AUGGCUCGUGAUACCAUAAAAGACAUCCAGACGCCCGGACUAGCAGCGCCUCUGAGCUCACCAGACCAAUCUCAACCAGCGAACAGGUUCAGAUGCGAUGGAGCUGUCCAAGGCUUCUUCGAUGAUGACAUGGCCAGUGAUGCCGACUGGAAGAAGUUCACUGACAAAGGUUGCGCACUAGCGUAUGGCCUUAAUGGGAAUGAUCAGGAAGCCGGCCUGCAGAUGGGAGACAAGCGCACACCGCCAUCGGCGGCAAGCCCUUGGACGGGUGACCUCAAUCAGGAGCUUCAGACCUGGGAAUGGUCGAUUGUCGAUCCUACAACUUACUCUUGUAAGAUGAACGACCACUGGAAGAUCUCUGAAGCGAUGAGGUCGCUUGGUCUGAAUAGCAAGUCGAAACCAGAAGGCGGAGAAAUCGCAUGCUACAGAGUCGAGCAUUGGGACCCAAAAGCGGGAACACCUGCAAUCAACCAGUGGUACACCGUCGAUGGUAUUGAAUAUCAGUUCGGCACAAACACUGAAGGCGGUGCCAUAUUCGGCUUUUUCCUGGAAUCACCCGUCUAUGCUGCAUCCAACACAUGGUUCGGCGGCCGCAAGCCUGCCAACCCAUCCAAGUUGCCUCAGCUACGCGCCUUCUCCGAUAUUCUAUGGGGAUACUGGGUCCGGGAGAACCCUAACGUCAGAAACAUCCGCUUCUUCUUCAUGAUGGGCAUCAGCAACGACGAAAACAAACCAGCUCAUCGCCACCUGUCUUGCAGCGAAUGGAAGGACGCUGAGCGAGUGGCCCGGCACCAAAUUCGAUACAUCGACGGAUGA